AUGCAAGGUAAAAAUGAAAACAUAUUAACAUCGUCUGAUAAAUUAAAUGGGUUCUUACAGAAAAUUAAUCUACAAAUGUUUCUAUUAACAGCAGAUAUUGAUUCAGAUGGAGAAUUUUGGCAUUUUAUUAAACCAGAGUAUCCGAUAAUUACAGAAAUUGCAAUAAAUAUAUUAUUACCAUUUUCUACAACAUACCUUUGUGAACUUGGGUUUUCCGCACUAACGAAUAUUAAAAAUAAGAAACGUGAACGAUUUUUAUCAGUUGAACAAGAAAUGCGAGUAUGUUUAUUGUCGAUCCCUCAAAGAAUUGAAUUAUUAUGCAAACAACAUCAAGCACAGGUUUCACACUAA